AUGUUGUCCUAUAUCGCGCUAUCCGUUUUGGUUCCAUUGCUAUUAUCAUCAUGUCUGGCUUCGCCUUUGCAGACCCCUCGGGAAACGACUCUGGAGAAGAGACAGUCUUCGUCAAUGAUCACCUUCGUUGAUCUUGCAACUAACACAGGAAACUCUGUUCAUCGCGCAUCGGGUUUACUCUAUGGUGUGCCUGAUCCCGGCAGUCAAAUUCCAUCCAGUUUCUAUACAGGCAUGGGUUUCAACCAUCUAAGUGCCGGUGGGGCUCAAUUCCCGGAUGCAUCCGGGUGGAUCGGUGGAGGAUAUACCGGACGUUUCCAAGAUGUCCUUGCGAACUACAAGACAGCGAAAUCGUUCGGUGCUCAAUUCAUGCUCAAGACUAGUGACCUCUGGGGAGCCGAUGCCACUCAGCCAAGUAAUGCCAUUUGGCCUGGCGAUGGUGGAAGUUAUGCGGAAUAUGAUCGAUUCCUUACCCAACUCGUCAGCGACCUGAAGGCCAACGGGAUGACUGACAUCAUGUUUUUGAUCUGGAAUGAGCCUGACCUUAGUAUCUUCUGGGCUGUUGGCAUUGACCGCUACCUCCAAACAUGGACUCAUACAGCCAAUUUCCUCAAGUCCAACCUACCGGGUGUUCGCAUAGCAGGCCCAUCCUUCUCCUCUCCACCUAACUCUGGAAACACUUGGUGGCAGCGUUGGCUUACGGAGUGCAAGAACUCCGGUACUGCCCCCAACGUUUACACCUGGCAUCACGAGUUUAGCACAAACGAUAAUUUGAAUGAUCUUUCCGUGGCGCAGCCCAAUAUGGUCAAUCUCAUUAACUCUUUCGGGCUACCUAUGGGCGAAUUCAUCAUUGACGAGUACGGAAUUCUCGCCGAGCAGGUGCCAGGAGGAGCUGCAUGGUGGAUCGGUAGCUUUGAGAGGUGGAACAUGUAUGGAUUAAGAGGUAACUGGGUUAGCACAUGGAAACUCCAGGACUUCUUUGCUGGCCUUCUCGGAAAGACGAACAAUAAUGACAGGUUUGGUACUGGGUAUUACUCUAACGGAGAAUACCAGGUGUACAAGUACUACGUGAAUACGAUGAUUGGCCACCGGGUGAAGACCACAAGGAGCACUGACAAGAAGAUGGAUUCGUACGCCGUCGUUGACACUCACCGUGUCCGUAUCCUUGUCGGUGGCAGGCAGGUUACUGGCACUUACCAACUUACGAUCCAAAAUCUCUCUGUCCUCGGUCUUCCGACGUCUGGUACCAUUACAGUUCACACCUUUGAAUUCCCUUACACCGGCGUGACUGGCAGAGUCGAUGCACCUACGGACCUGGGAACAGUGGCCCAUACGUACUCGGGAAACACACUCUCCUUCCCAAUUUUCCAGACUAGUACGACGACCACCUGGGCGUUCGAGUUUGACUAUUAG